UGUUAGCUUUUUUCCAUUUUAAUUAGCUAGAGAUCUUGCUCAGAUGAUAAACAAAGCUUUACUAACAGUACGUGGGUCCUUUGAAUUUUGUUUUCUAAUGAUGCUCAACAGAUACCUGUCACAUGAGUUGUGCCAAGGUUAAAUAUAUAUAGCGUACAGCCUUCUUUUGUAUCACUCUCUAUAGAUCUCUUCCUCUAUUUUGCUUCUUCUCAAAUCUUUCCUUACACAUGAAGGAUCAGUUUCCCAAGAUGGAAAGUUACAUACAGGAGGAAUUGCCCUCUUAUCUUCAUGGAAUGACAACAGGUUCCCAGUGGUUGUCUGAUCCAAUCACUUGGGAAUCACUAACGGAUGAAACGGCUUCCCGUGAUGGUGCAAGAAGGUCUUCAUCACCAUCUUCAGAGUGUAGUUCCUCAGCAAGCAAUGCUACUACUGUUGCAUCUUUGAACAAUAACUCUGCAGAAUUCUCCAAUCAUGUUAUGGUACCAGAACAAGGAUUCAGGCCAUUUGCUUGUUCUGGUUCUAUAACAAGUUCUUGGAGUCCAAGUGGAGCUCAUAUUGAUCAAAGCUUCAUCCCUGUAAACUUCAAGGAAACAUUUCCCCAAUUGGAAGAAGUCUCCCAACCACCUUCACUUCCAUAUUCAUCACCAACUGCAUCAAACCCCCCGAAUUUAACUCUGUUUUUGCAGGAACCCACCACCACAGAGACCAGUGAAGAUAUUGCCAACACACUUGGCAAGGAUCAGAGCAACCCAUUGCUCCCUUUCCAUGAUCUUCAUCAAAUUCAGCUCCAAUCAGGGAUGGAAUGGCUCAAGAUCAAUAAGAAUUUUAUGAAUUGUACUUCACGAGGCCUCGGUGAUCAUUGGCUUGGAGCCACCAAGACGCAGGCGAUGAAGUACACUGGAAAAAGAAUGCAAGAUCAUCAUGACAAGACUUCUUCUUCAUCUCCAGGUAAACUGUUUAGGGGUGUAAGGCAAAGGCAUUGGGGGAAGUGGGUUGCAGAGAUCAGGUUACCAAGAAAUAGGACAAGGGUGUGGUUGGGGACCUUCGACACAGCCGAAGAAGCUGCUUUUGCAUAUGACACAGCAGCUUACAUGCUAAGGGGGGACUAUGCUCAUUUGAAUUUCCCAGACCUCAAGCAUCAAAUUAAGGCCAAUUGUUCUCAUGGUAGCACUGCAGCCCUCCUGGAAGCAAAGCUACAAGCUUUCAAUGACCAAAAGAAAGCUACCAACCCACCACUACCCCCUUCUUCACCAAAGAAGCAUAUAUGUCAGAGUUCAAAUCUCAAUAUGUUGAGCCAAAAGCCUUCAAGAAAAGUGUAUUCAUUUGAUUUGGAUAACAGAAUUGGAUCUGAAGUAGUUGAGACCAAGAAGACUCGGGAGUUAUCAGACAUGGAUGCAGUUCUUUUGAGUAGAAUGCCUUCAUUGGACAUGGACAUGAUCUGGGAUGCCCUUCCAUUAUCUGAUUCAUGACAUGAGUUUCAAUUCUUUUCAUUUUCAAAUUUCAAAUAUUGAAUAUGAUACAGAAGUAUGUUGAAUUGGAUUGAGAAUUAUAGUAGACUCAUCAUAUAAAUCUUCCAUUGGGUUUUUCCAUGUUUCUUUAAUUAUAGCUCAAAUUCCAUUAGUAGGAAGCCCAAGAAUUUUACUUUCACCAUUAAUGUCCAGAUUUUGAUGUAUCUCUGCUUUCCGCUUUCUGCUUUUCUGUAAAUUUGAUUGUUUCAAGAUGACUUUUUGAUGAAAUGGGGCACCAUUCACAA